GUCGCAACAGAUGGGUCGUGUACCAUCCCAAUGUAGGCACGGACUAUGAUGGAUCGAUGAUACCAGCUGAAUGGUUUGGUUGGCUGCACCACAAGACUGACAAGCCCCCAACUGAGGACCCCCCUGUCAGUUACCAGUGGUUGAGUGGCCACGAGGAAAAUACCAGCGGAACCGAAAAAGCUUUCAUGCCAUACACCACCACGAAACCCAAGAUUGAGGCCUGGGUUCCACCGAAGAAACAGUAACUUUGUUCCAGUAGUGUUAUUUAUGAUGAGUUUGUAAAUGAAAGACAGGUUAGGUGUGUUUCAUGAGCAGACUUUUAUUUCUUCUGAUUUUUUUUGGGGGGAGGGAGAGGGAUAUUGGUGACUUCAUGAAGAAAUUAAAUUUUUAUUGCUUCUAUUUCUAGAGGCAUUAAGUUCACUGGAUUAAUAUACCUGAUGAAUAAAGAAAUUGCCGUUAAUAUAGAUUACUAGUUUCCAAACAUGUAAAUAUUUCAUGUAUAAAGGUUAAUGAAAAAGAACAUAUA